CAUCUCUCCGGGACUGUUGGACUCUGCAAUUGAAUUACGCUUUUGGUGAGAAAAACUAACCAGAACAGAGAGUGGAAAGAAACUUGUUUCCGUUGAUGUUGGUAGUAAAUGAAGAGUUUUAAGUGAAAUUCGUCUUCCAAGUUUGCAUGAAUGGAGAGUUUUAGUAUAUAUGGGAGAACUCAAUGAAGUCUUCUUCUUUUCUCCCCAUCUCUCUCUCCAAAUGAAAAUGUAAGGAACAUGGCUGAAGUUAUGCAUGAGAGAUCUUUGCGGAGUUUUGUUACAUGGAUAUGUAGAGAUGUUGACGGGGUUGGCGAGUUUGAUUGACGAGAUGCAGAAAUGUCUUCUCACUGUUCUUAACCUUAAGUAUCCGAUUAGAGGCAAGUGGUUUUCACUCAAUGGAUUAAGAUUUGCCGGACAAACAUCUAAGAGCCCGCAACGUGUUCGAUACAACGCUGGAAAGAAGACAAAAAUGGUCGAUACAACGCUGGAAAGAAGAGAAAAAUGGUUAGGCGUUGUUGGGCGCCUUCGAAAUAUUAAGAGCCUAAUUAUUGAACAAAAGGUCAUCGGAAAUGUUAGCAUGACGUUGUUGAUGAAAUGGAAAAAUGCCUUCUACUAUUCAUUUUAAUGGAGGAUGGUCGUGGCACUAGAUUUCAUCUAUUUUCUGUUUGCACCAUUCUUGUAAGUCUGGUUCCCAAAUGGUUGUCGUUGCUUUAUACGAUUCAAUAUGUGAUACUUGAGAAGUAUCUUAAAUGAUUUAUUUUGCACACUUUGCUUGAAGUCGUACAAAGAUGGAACUGGUAGAUUUAACGAUGAUUACCGUAGACCAAGGUAAUACUAGCUCUCUGUAGACAUCCUUGUCUCUAGAAAAUGUUUGUGGAUUAAUACAACUAAUAGUUUAAAGAUAAGUACUUCUU